AUGCUCGGCAGGGGCGGCGGCGGGCGGGUAGAGAGCGAGGAUGGCCACGCCGACAGCCCAGUCGGCAUCGAGCUCAAAGGGAUAGAAGAUCGACAAGGGAGUUCCUCCAGAAAUGGUGGCUUUUCCUUGGUUGCCAGCAGCGACGACGACGUGGAGCAAUUGGUUGGGGCGGGGGGCGACGCUGUUAACGGCGGCAAGCGGGCGGGGGGGGACGACCCGCGGCUGCACCUGAGCUCCGACAGGAGGACGUUCGUUAACCUGCUCAUUUCUUUCGUCGGGGCCGGGGUUCUCGGCAUCCCGUUCGCUUUCAGACAGGGAGGGCUGUUGCUCUCGACAGGGGUGUUGUCUAUGGUCGGGGUUGUGUGCACAUACUGCAUGUGGAUGCUCGUUCGGUGCAAGUACCGCGUCAUAGCCCUCAGGGGGAAGGAUGAACCUGGGCCGGUGAAGUAUCCAGACAUCUGCGAGGAGGCGCUGGGGAGGUGGGGGCUGGUGGCUGUCGAGGGAGCGCUCGUUGCGUCGCAGUCGGGCUUCGCGACGGCUUACCUCGUGUUCAUCGCCAGGAAUCUGUAUGCCUUGUUUUCGUUUCAAAAAGCGCCGGUAAUCUUCCUGUGUGUGCCCGGGCUGGUUCUGAUGUGCCUCAUCAAGCACCUCAAGUACCUCGCUCCCUUUUCGCUUAUCGCCGAGGUUGUGAACCUGACGGGUCUUGCCGUGGUGUUCUUCGACGACGCGGAGUUCAUGGACAUCAACCACGAGAGCAUCUCGAUGGCCCAUUGGAAAGCACUACCGUUCGUGUUCGGAGUGGCCGUGUACUGCUUCGAGGGGAUCGGCAUGGCGAUUCCCAUCGAGGACGCCAUGGUUAACCGGGAACGCUUCACGCCGAUCCUGUCGUGGGUGAUGGUGAUCUACACCGUCCUCUGCGUGCUUUCGGGAGGGCUGGGGUACAUGGCCUUCGGAGACGAGACGGAGGAUAUAAUUCUUCUGAACAUCGGCUCCACGGCGUCGACGCUGGUGGUUAAGCUGAGCUUUUGCGUCGGCCUGUACUUCACCUUCCCCCUCAUGAUGGUUCCCGUGUGGGAGGUGUUGGAGUGCAAGUGGCUGAGGCAGCACCACUCGCCGUCGUACGGGAGAGACAGGAACGUUCUUCGGGCGGCGGUGGUGUUCACGACGGGGCUGGUCGCGUGCGUGGUCCCAAACUUCGGCCUCUUCGUGUCGCUUGUCGGAAGCACCUGCUGCGCGCUUUUGGCCUUCAUCCUUCCGACCCUUUGCUACGCGAAGCUGGAGAAGGACGCCGGCUUUCCGCUGAGCCCCGGGAGAAAAUUGUUGCACAACUUCAUCCUUGCCGCGGGUGUGUUCGCCAUGAUUUCUGGCACGUUGGACACCUUGCACCGGAUAGCUCUAGAGUACACCAAGGGCAAUGAAAGCACGUAGAUCGGGGGGGGGGCUGGUACGCUGAUGAAAACCCAUCAUUUCGGACACUUCAGACGCGAUGGAUAGCCUAGAGACUACCAAGGGCGAUGAAAGGAUCAAGACUGGGGAAGGGGAGUAGUACACUGCUGAGAUAUGGUACUGUAGAGGAGGGGGGGGGGGCAGAUGAACGACUUCUUUGCCCCCGGAGUCUUGUAAUUUGUAUAACAAAACUAUUGUAGUUGUUAGUGGUACCUUAUUUGCUGUGUGUGGAACCUCUCUCUGUGUGAAGACCGUGUUUUCCGUGGAUUGCUCAAGACUUUUCCGCUUUUGGCUGAUUCCGGCCGCCGCUCGUGUGUUGUCCCUGAUGAAGAAAGGUUAUUGAU